AUGGAAAACGGUGAAGAAGCCUUACACGACGAUGAAUUACAUGCAACUAACGUUAAACUAUACGUGGAAUCAAUAACGUAUAAUGAUAGUCGAAAUUUGAUGGAGCAAAUCUGUCCGGCAUUACUGAUUCGAUCACCAAAAGCAAUUCCUAGAGUGGUAAAGCAUAUUUACACUCAUUUGGCUUCAUAUUCCUGUCAUAUUGAUGAAGGUAUUCCGGAUAUUAUCAUUUCGUUGAUUUCCGGUAAAAAUAUUAUCGAUUUACAGAAACAGAAGCUAAUCGAGAGGGCUUUAUUGCAAAUUAUUUUAAACUGUAAUUCAUGGCUUGUGACAUCUGGUGAAGCUCGUGAUCCAUUAGCUUCUGCUGCUGCUAAAAUCGUACAAGCUAAAGAAUCUUUGAAUUUAAGAAAUGUGGAAACAUUACUGCUAAUUGUGAAUGGUAUUAGUUGUACGAUAAAUGAACAACAACAUUGUCAUAUGCCGAUGGUUGAUACUCAAUGCAAAACAAUGAUGAUCCUGUGGAAGGAGCAGUUAAUUUCAGCUGAUCAAUUAGCAUUGUUCAGAAGUUUGAUCACCCUAAAACUCUCAAUACCGCCACCCGCAUUAUUAAGCGAAGUACCACAAAGUGGUAAUACUUAUCGAUCAUCAUCACAAACUGUGUUAUUAUCACCUAGUGAGCAUCAGAAUUUACCAGUACCGAUAGCACUAUUUUGUGGAAGUGAACUAUCAUCACUUGUUGAGCUUCGAGCGCAUUUGCAGUGCGGUAUACCAGUAAUCGUUUUGCAAGAUGGUAGUGAAUUAUGCGCAAUAUUAAAUAGUUCAUGGUUGCUGUAUCGUAGUUCGGCAUUUCAUUUUGAAAGUUGGUUGGAAUGGUUAAAUUUGGAAUUGCGUAGUUUAGCACCAAAUAGUCUUCUAUGCGGUAAUGAAUUAAUUGAAGAAGCUAAAGAAAAUGUUAUUGCUUCAUUGGCUAUUGGUUGCGGCGAAGUACCAUUACUAGGUUUUAUACUUAUUGAACAGGUUACUAAUUUACGUGAUCAUUUUUUGAAGUUGUGUAUGCAAAGUGUCAUUAAUACGAAUGAUAUUCAUCGUUUGUUACGACUUGCUGUAAAACUUAACGUCCCAUCUAUCAUUUUAUCCACCGAUUUAAAUACACUUAGUACAAUCAAUAUGGAUAUUGGUGAUCUUUUCGAAGAGGCUUUACUAUCAGAUAAUCGAUUGAUCAUUUUAGCAGCUAUACUGGAGCAAAAUAUUUCAUUAAAAAUUACCUUAAAUCUUUUAACAAAACUAAUGCGACAUGCUUCAGAUCAAGCAUUUUUUAAUAAUAUCAUUGUUUCGCAUUAUCUGGGACGAAAUGCGCCAUUAGCAGAAAUUGAUAUUGCUUUCAUUGAAGAGUUGGAGCAACUUUUGAUUUAUUUAUCGGGUGGUAUUAAAAAUUUAUUGCCAGUAUCAUAUUUUCAUCAGCAUAUUUCAAAUGAAAAGCAAUGGCUUCAAAUAUUAGCAAUAUGGUCGGUGCUAUUGAAUCGUCUUGAAUUAGCAAAAUGUUUAUGUGCAUACUCUUUUGAGCCGAUAUCAUUAGCAAUAAUUCUUGCACGAAUAUGUAAUUCGCUUGCAUUUCAGGUACACGAUUAUCUUUUGUAUGAGAAUGAUUUGAGAAGAGCCGGAAGAUGGUUUAGCACUCAUGCAAGUGCAGUAUUAAAUGUUGCAAAUAUUGAAUCACCGCAGGAAACAUAUCGCCUGUUAUGUUUGCCAUUGGAAUCAUGCAAUGGGCUAACACUAACAGAACUUGCACUUCAGACAAACAAUAAACAAUUUGUGGCUCAUCAAUGUUGUCAAAAAUGGAUUUAUCGACUUUUGUAUGGAAAAUUACAGGUUGUUUGCUUUAAUGGUUCUAUAUUUCUGCCAGAUUGGUUGAAAAUUUUACUUGCAUCAGUAUUGAUAAUUCCAAUUCACUGGUGGAUACGAUAUCGUAUACCGGAAGGUCAAAGUUCAACUAUCAGUCCUACAAUGGCAUUUUUACAGUUUCAUGGGCAAGAAAAUACUUGCACUCAUAGUAAAAAUAUGCAAUGUGAAAUUAUUAUGCAAGCUAUACGUGAUGAACGUUCACCAGCUGAAACGUCAACAAGUUCCUGUCUUCUAAUGGAUGGUCAUCAUCAAUCAGUUGAUGAUUUCAUGUUGAGAGCAUUUGAUUCGGUUUCUCCGAUAUCGAAGAUAAAACCGGAACAACGAGGAAUGCAACAACGAUUCACCACCUUAUCUAUAGGGACAUUCUAUUCCACACCAAUCGUUAAAUAUUGGCUUUCACUUGUUUUUCGACUUUUUCAUAUUGUUUUAUUCGCAUAUACGAUAUCAUUACCUGGUUGUGGGUCAUUUAUUUUGGAUACUUUAAUAUGGCUUUGGACAUUUUUAUCAUUGAUUGAAUCAAUUUGGGUAUUCUCGAAUCGUAUUCAGCGAGCUCCUUUACGUCAGCUUCGUUGGCGUUUUUUUGAUAUUAUUGUAAUAGCGUUGCAUCUUCUAAUUAUACUCAUCCUGAAAGUGCUUUCUUUAACAAUCCCAAUCAGUUCUAUGCCAUUUCAUACACCGUAUGCUAUUCGAAUUUCGUCAGCGUUUUUAUUACUUUAUUUAUGCUAUUCAACAUUAUUUCAUUUUGUUCCAUUAUCGCAAACAUUUGGCGCAUUUGUCGUACGGGUUAAACUUAUGAUUAUCAGGGAUUUUUUCAAUUUUUUGAUACUUAUCGCUUUAGUUAUUGGAAGCAGUGCAAUAGCAGUUCGUUCAUUAUUGUAUCCGGAUCAACCUUUAACCUGGUUAUUAAUUUCAAAAGCAUUUUCUUGGGCUUGGCUCUCAUUAUUUCAAAUUCAGUAUGGCGAGCUUCAAGAAACAAAAUAUUGUAAGAAGACAUAUCUUGGCGAUUAUCAUAAUCGUGAUCGCUGUAUAGCAAUUGGCGGUUUUGGUGAUUACAAUUGUCCAACACAAAAUUGGAUUGGACAUUUAGUAGUAUUGGAGUAUUUUAUUGUUUUGAAACUAAUCUGUUGGCCAAUUCUUUUUGCGCUUUUUUCUAAAACAGCUAAAGAAGUAGACAGUGAAGCAGACGAAAUUUGGAAAUAUCAACUUUAUUCAUUGAUUGAAGAUUUGAGGUUUCGUCCACCAUUACCGCCACCACUUACACCAAUUUUCUUUUUUGGUGCCUCAUGCUGUCGUGCAUAUGGUUGUUUUCAUAAUUCAUGUCAUAUUAGUUCAAACAUGAUCAAUUUGGAUCAUCCGGAUAUUGUUCGUAAUCAACAACAAACUGCAAAACUAUACAAUACUACAAAUCGAUUUACUAAUAAUACAAACCGAAAUAUAUUUUCAAUUGGAUGUACAUUUUUGAAUUCUCAAUUCAGGACAAAAUCUAUAAAUCUAUGGAAUGAAACUGUGAUCACAUUGACAGAUUCAGAUGUCACUUUUAAAUGUGACAAUGAAAAUCGUCAAUUGCAAGAACAAAUUCGACUCCUUACCGUAUCACAGUAUUUUUCGACAACUUCUAAAAGCACAAAUGAUACCUGGAGUAAUUCAUCCGAAAGCAUGCUAUACGAUCAGAUAGCAAAUAUUCGAAAAUUAGUAAUUGCGGAAAAAUAUCGAUCUCAUCAUAUUUUGAUAUCUAAUUAUUGUCCACCAUUUUAUUGCAAAUCUAUUGAUGAUUUCCCAGUUGAUCUACAGAAGUAUGUUGAUAAUUCAACACCUGAGAAUUUAAUUUUGUUACGAAAAUACUGGAAACGAUGGCAACAAAAUAAAAUGCUGGAAUUAUUCACACUUUCAUUACCGUUUACAGUUAAUGCAUCCGGUUUACCAAUGAAUCCAAAUGGUCGGCAAGGUAUUGCCGGACGUGGAAAUCAUCUGAAAUUUGGUGCUAACUUAUUGAGCGUUUACGUGUUAAUACGAAGAAUCAGUAAUAAUCAUUUAAUGAUUUUACUAGAAGGAAAUACAUUUCCAACUCGUUGGCGAUUAAAUAAUGGACGUUAUGACGAAGAACUUCAAUUAAUUCUACGAAAUCAUCAGUUCAGUGAUUCGGAUAUUCAUCUCUUCACUAAUCAGAAUUUGUUAAAUGUUGGUGAAACAAAUAAUGGUGUAGCGCAUGUAAAAUGUGUACCAAUAGUUGACGUACGUGAUACGGAUAAUGCAUGGACAGAGCAUGAUGUAUGGGCGAUUUUUGUUGGAUCAGAAGUACCUGAAACACUCCCAACAUUUGGUACAUCGAAUUGGCAAAGUUGUAGUGGAAAUGUUUUAUCGAUUCGUGAUCGAGAAUAUCUCAAUGCUUCCUUAGCAUUCUUCGUUGAUAUUCAACAAUGCAAUAUCACAUGA